AUGAAGUUAGCCAACACGAACGCGCUGUACGCGAACCAGGCCCUCACCGACAGUGUCGUUGACUACGCGGCCACCCACUCAGAGCCGCUGCCCAAGCAUGUCACCGAGUACCACGCCGCGAUUGACGCGAGCCAUCCGCGUACGGACUACAUGAUAUCCAACCUGCAAGGGCAGUUCCAGACGUUCCUCACCCGCGCCGUCGGUGCGAAGCGCGUGCUGGAGAUUGGCGCGUUCGUAGGCUACUCUGCCAUGGUGUGGGCAAACGCCGUCGGCAAGGACGGCGCGGUCACGACGCUCGAGUUCAGCGCCGAGUACGCCGACGCGGCCCGGAAGGCCCUCAAGGACAACGGCGUCGAGAACGUGGAGGUGAUCCAGGGUGAUGCCCUCGAGACCGUGGGAAAGCUCAACCCCGCGGAGCCGUACGACCUCGUCUUCAUCGACGCCCAGAAGACGGGCUACCCGACGUACCUGCGCACCAUUCUGGAAAAGUCGCAGCCGGGCGCGGCCGGCGGGCGGCUGCUGCGCAAGGGCGGCUUGAUCCUCGCGGACAACGUGCUGCGGCGCGGGCUGGUGGCCAACGACAGCGAGGCGAACCCGUGGGCGACGGGCGCCAAGGAGCGGAAGCCUAGCGAGUACGAGAAGGACACCGACGUGGAUGCGCUGCGCGAGUUCAACGACGUGGCGAGCAAGAGCGAGAGGCUGGAGGCGUUCCUGAUGCCUCUGUUUGACGGCGUCGGCAUGUCGAUACUUCGGGAUUGA